AUGGCAUGGACCGCGGCCGGACAGGCAGAGGGCGGACCGGACACUGACUUACAGACUCCGGCGGGGACUGGGUUGGAGCCACGCCAUCGACGGGCGCCAACUCCGCACCGAGCGAACGAGAGGCCGCGUGCCGAGCAGCUGCGCCGAGAGUCCCGGGAGCUUCGCGGGCACGAGCUCUUGGUGUGGUAUGCAGAUGAGUACGCCCAGGAGCUGGGCAUCAUCUGGGACUCCCUCUGGAACAAAAAGUGCACUUCAGCAGUUGCGUCGACAGACGAGCCCUCAAAGGUCUUCCCCUGUACUCAGUGCCAGUUCUCCUUCGCUGCAGAAGUCUACCUCUACAAGCACAUCAAGCGCUCUCAUCCCGAGGAGUUCGUGAAGCUCCAGGGGUCGGGGUCUAUCAGGCCCGCGAGUCGCGUUCCUCUCUGCGGCCCGAUCCCGGCGCCCCCGGCCUCUAACGAGCUCUGCACACAGACGUCCGCCCCCGACGCUCGCGCGGCUCUCUCAGGCGCUCAGAACGGGACUCGCCGCGGCCCGCUACCGAAAUCACCAAACGAUCAAAUUCGCAGAGGCGAAGGACCGCAUUCCUGCGCUCGGUGUGGGAAGGGUUCCGUUGACCCGGAAGGUCUGAGAGUUCACGAGUGUGCUGAGAAAGGGGAGGGGCCAAACUGCCGCAGCCAGCAUGGGAGGAGUUUCAGCGACUCGGAAAGCGCGAAAGAGCAGGAGCGCGCCGAGGCAGGGGAGAGGCCCCACCGCUGCGCCGAGUGCGGGAGGAGCUUCAGCCGCUCGUGCCACCUCAAAAGGCACGAGCGGACCAUUCACGUCAAAGAGAGGCCGUACUGCUGCAGCCAGUGCGGGAAGUGCUUCAGCCAGUCGGCGGGGCUGAAGAGGCACCAGCAGGUCCACGCCGGGGGGAGGCGGAACCACUGGAGGGCGGACGCGACGUCCGAGGUCUUCCCCUGCUCGCACUGCGCGUUCUCCUUCACGUCGGAGCUCCUCCUCCACAAGCACGCCAAGCGCCAUCACCCGGAGGAGCGCCGCCAACCGCCCAAGUCCGAGUCCGACGGGGCCGAGGGCGACGCCCAGAAGCCGCUGCCGUCCCCCGAGGCCCCGCCCAAUCCGGCCAGGCCCACCCCGGCUCACAGGAACUCGAGGAAAGGGCGGAUCCUCAAGCGCCUCAGAGCCUCGGCGCCGGCGAAGCGCCAGAAGGCGGAGCGGCGGUUCGGCUGCCCUCGCUGCGGGAAGGGUUUCGCCGACGCCGAGGCCCUGGGGGGCCACCCGUGCGAGACGGAGGAGGGGCCGUUCCACUGCGCCGAGUGCGGCAGGAGCUUCACCCGCUCCUGCAACCUCAGGAGGCACGAGCGGACCAUUCACACCAAAGAGAAGCCCUACUGCUGCAGCCAGUGCGGGAAGUGCUUCAGCCAGUCGGCCGGCCUGAAGAGGCACCAGCAGGUCCACGCGGACGGGCGGCGGAGCCACCCGGGCGCGGACGUGUCCGCUCAGGUCUUCUCCUGCUCGUGCUGCUCCUUCUCCUUCACGGCCGAGCGCUACCUGUACAAGCACAGGAAGCGGUACCACCCUCUGGAGCACCUGCGCAGGACCGGGUCGGUCAGGGUGGCUCAGGUCGGGGAGGGACCCAACUACUGCACCCAGUGCGGGAAGAGUUUCAGCUGCCUGAAAAGCCUUAAAGCUCACCACUGCAUGCGGGUGGGCGAGAAGCUGUACCUCUGCACGGAGUGCGGGAAGAGCUUCUCCUGGUUCUACGGCCUCCGGCAGCACCAGCGCAUCCACACCGGGGAGAAGCCGUUCGGCUGCACCCAGUGCGGGAAGCGCUUCGUCCACUCGGGCCAGCUGAACGUUCACAUGCGGACCCACACCGGGGAGAAGCCCUUCCUCUGCACCGAGUGCGGCGAGAGCUUCCGCCAGUCGGGGGACCUGAAGCGGCACGAGCGGAAGCACACGGGGGUGCGGCCGUGCCGCUGCGACGAGUGCGGGAAGAGCUUCAGCCGCCCGCAGAGCCUUAAAGCGCACCAGCAGCUGCACACGGGAGAGAAACUGUACCACUGCACCGUGUGCAGCAAGAGCUUCGCUCGAAGCUGGCACCUAAGAAGACACCAUCAAAAAAUGCAUUCCGUAUGA